AUGGCAGAAGAACCCACAAUCGUCCUAGAGACACACAUCUACUCGAACCCGGCAACCCUCUCCUUCUCGCCAGGCUGGACCAGAAGCUUCCACCUCCGCCUCUCCCCCUCGACAGCCACGAAAUCCCAACUCCUCUCCCUCGUCCGCGCCUCCAUCGCCCGCCUAGGCCGCGCAGACCCCAUCGUCGAGGCGCAAAUCACGCUCUACUGGACCUCCCGCACCGGCCGCGUCGUGUCAAUCCCUGGCGACGGCGGCGGCGGCGGCAGCAUGGCCACGGUCACGAUGCCCGUGUGGCAGCAGCAGCCUCCUCCCCACCUAAUGACCUUCAACGUCGGAUACCCCGCGCUCGUACAGCCUCCUCAGCCGCUGCCGCCGACGAUGAUGGAUCCGCCGAUGCCCAUGGCCAUGACAUACUCCAGCGGCGUAAACUACCUCCACCCCUACGGCAACCCUGUUAUGCAGCAGCAGCCUGCGUACCCGGCCAUCUUCCCCGCAGGACAGCAGGCUUGGAUCAUGGGAGGCGGUCCGCCCCAGCUCAGCUUCGUCAACGUUAACGUGCCCACCUCUAACAUCGGUGCUAGUGCUAGUGGUAAACCCGUGAUCUCAGACGUCAUAAGAGAAGCCCGGCUCGACACAAUCGCCGAGGGUGCGCUGGGCGGGAUGCUGGAGUGGGUUUGUGGACCUACGGGGCUCAAGUUGAUUGUCGUGGUUGACGUCGACGGGAGGGACGUUGUGCCCGUUGUUGUUUCUGCUGCUCCUGUUGCGGCUGCGGCUGUCGCCGAGACUCCUCCCACGCCUGUGGCGGCUUCCCAUUCUUCUUCCCCUGCAGCUGCCACGCCCGUCGCUCCGGCUUCGCCCACCUCCGCGCCGGCCUCGCCUGGCCCUGCUACACCUCCUCCUCCUCCGGCGACUUCCUAA